AUGACUAUAAGUUAAAAGAUAUUUUUCAUCAUUUUUCCAAUGCUCACUUUAAUAUUAUUUGUUUUGGGGAUCUAUUUCAUAACACAAAUAAUAAAGAAAGGUAAAGAUUAAUAUGCAUACAUAUUUGGAGUGGUAGUUUGUAUUCCUUCAUUUUGUAUGUUGACUUACUUAUUUGUAACUAUGUUGAUUGAUGCAGUGAGAGUGAAAUUUGUAAAUACUUGGACCAUUUUGAGCUAAGAUAAUAGAAAUGAUACUGAUGCUAGCAUUAAGCCAUUAAGAGUGAGGGCCAGAUCUUAGUCUCUGCCUUAAAUUUACCCAGAACAAAUGACUUAAGAAUAACAUUUUGGAAAAACCAUCUUCAAAUAUAUCACAAGAUAAUAAAUGAUAUGA